AUGAAGAAAGGCAAUGAGGAAAAUGAACCACCGUCGACUCCGAAAAAGUUGGAUGAUUUCGAAUUGUCAAGUUCGAGAUUUCAAGCAUCGCCCUCACCAACAAUAAAAUCAAAACCUCAAACACCACAAUUGCCAGCAGUACCACAGGCUCUUUUCAUCACUUUAUCGAAAUCAUCGGAAGCAUCGGUGGGAACUGCCUCCACUUCAUUAGGCAGGUCAAUACACAACUUAAAAACCGACCGAUUGCCUUCUCGGCAGUUGAGUGUGACAGUUUCUGCCAGAACCAUCCUUUUCGUGAUAGGGGUUGUUGCUUUUUCAUUCUAUGGAUUUUUCUAUUCUUCGGCCAUCCUUCAGCCGUUUGGACAACAACAACAACAAGAGCAACAAGAGCAAUCAUCGAACGGCAAAGUCAGAUUCAGAAUGCAACGGUCACUAGAGCAAGAGAAACAAAGGCGACAAAUAUUGCACCAAAUAGAGGAAAGUGCACACAACAUGGUACCAUGUCUCUUUGAUACAAAUGCUGUCUGUCGAUUUGAUUACAUUGGUAAAUUCUUGGAAGAUAAUCCUCCAAUACCCAACACGGUCCAUCGCCUCCUUCGAUCGGUACCGUCCUAUCGGCGAAUCCCUCAUGACAAGGCCAACGACCGAGACUACCAGGCCCAGCAUCUCACCAAUGAUCCAAAGGAUCCACAAGUACUAGACGCAACAAACGCCACACUCAAUGAAUACAAUCCUACGAUAUUGCCGCUGUACAAAACAGUGAUUAGCAAUGGAACAGAGACGCUGGUAUCCAAUCUAGAUGAGAAACUUUUGGACGAGCUAACAGGGAGAUAUCACCCCAGUUUUUCGGAUGCUCAAGCAGAUGAAGUGAAAUAUUUGGCGAUCACUCGGUCUACCAAUCAUUAUCCUCGUUGUAUUGGUUUUCAGAAACACGUAGACAAAGGAUAUUUUUGGGUCAACUAUCCGGGUUUGGUGCUGCUGGACGAAAACCUACUGCCAAUUGACGGUGCCGAUGUCCUCAUUGAUCUGGAAAAGUUUUAUUUCACAGAUCGGAAUACUCGCGUAUUUCAAGACUUUACCUUGUAUGCCGCAAGGACCACGAAAAGUAAUUUGAACAAGGAUCAGCUCUUUCUCAUUACCAAUGGAAUGUUUGUGGUGCCCAUUGACAUUCGAAGGGUUCCCCUGGAAACGAGGGCGGGCGAUCAUCCGGAAUGGACCACCAAAAUCACAACACCCAACGUCGGGCCAGAAUAUGUAUAUGGCGCUGGGCUCCAAAUUAAAUUGACUCGGUCCCGUGGAGUGGUUCCUCAUAAAGUGUUUCUUCGAAUGAAUCCUUCCGCAAGAAUCGUCAAGGGCAAGAAUGUGCACUUUUUCGAAUCGUUGAGCGGAAAGGAUUACGUUGAGGUGUGGCCUUACAAUGAGCACUCGGUUCAGGAAGUCGAUUUCUUCAUUGACAACUUUACCACCUUUUCACAUUACGCCUGGACGAUAAAAGGAGAAGUCAGUAAACCGGAUGAAGACAACCGUCCAUCCUUUGUUUCCGAAGCAAAGUUUAUUCCCAUGAAAAAUCCAGUAAACCGAGGGACAGGGUGUUGUGCGGACCUCACACUUGCCGAUGGACGCCAGGUAAAGGUUGGAGUCGCGCACUCUGUUCUUAAGGAAGGGAUUUACCUUCAUCGAUUCUAUGCCUUUGUUCCAAAGUACCCUUUCAAAAUUGUCAAGUUGUCUGGUCUAUUCUGCUUGGGCCACAUGCUGGAAACUGACGGAGACGUUCAAAAUCAUUGGCUCUCCAAGAAAGAAGGGUCGUUCGACAAACGGCACACUGAAAUGGGGGGACCUACCUACGAUUGUCCUGAUAUUACCUUUGCGUCGGGGAUUACCAACUUGAUUGGCCAUGGAAACGACUAUAUCAUCAUCUCGUAUGGUGUGGACGACUGCUAUUCCAGAUCCAUCAUCGUCCACAAGAAGAAGAUUGAGCUGCUGAUGUUCCAAUCGAAACCAAAUGCUACCGACGUUCUAUAUCAAUAG